CCUUUUACCGUCUCAAUGAAACAUCAAGAUGAACCAAUAGUUACAGUUAAGGAAGGAAAGAUAAAAGGUUCCUUGGGCAGUUUAGUUGAUGGAUCACCUUACUACAGUUUCAAAGGAAUCCCAUACGCCAGGCCACCUAUUGGAAAUCUUCGAUUUAAGGCACCAUUACCACCCCAACCUUGGAAAGGAAUACGUGAAGCAGUGAAUUUUGGUCCAAGUUGUACGCAGUUUAACGUUACAUACCAAGGCGAGGAAGAUUGUUUAUUUAUAAACGUAUAUACGAAAUCUUUGAACGAACAUGCUAAGAUACCUGUUAUGGUAUUUAUCUAUGGAGGAUCAUUCACCCAAGGGUCUAGCGACUUUUUUCUGCCUGACUUUCUAUUACAACACGAUGUUAUGUUGGUCACUUUUAAUUAUAGGCUAGAAGUGCUUGGUUUUUUGUCCCUAGAGACACGCGAGGUUCCUGGAAAUGCAGCGAUGAAGGAUCAAGUAGCUGCACUUCGUUGGGUUAGGGAAAAUAUAGCUCAAUUUGGAGGUGAUCCAAAUAGUGUCACUUUAUUUGGUGAAAGUGCAGGUGCGUCUUGUGUUUCAUUGCAUCUGCUAUCUCCAAUGUCGAAAGGCCUCUUUCAUAGAGCUAUAGCCCAAAGUGGAACGUAUAAUUUAGUAGAAGUAGCUUCCGGUGCAAAGGAAAGAGCUUUCCGUGCAGGAAAAGUUCUGGGAAUUGAAACUAGCGAUGUUCAAGAGCUGCUCAAUUACUUCAGAAGCUUAAACGCGUAUUCACUUACUAAUUUAACCUUCGCGACUUUCACACCAGAUGAAGUUUACAGAGGACUCCCAGUUAAAUUUUUACCAGUCGUUGAGAAGAAAUUUCCUCAUGUGGAGGCAUUUAUCGAAGAGGAGCCAGAAAAGAUUCUCCUCGAGGGUAAAGCGAAUAGAGUACCACUAAUGAUUGGAUACAAUUCUGGCGAAGGUCUAAUACUAGUUAAAUACCAUGCUGCGAGGAUAGAUGCAUACAAUAAAGAACCUUCUUACUAUGUUCCAAAAGAACUGGUUGAAAGAAUUACAGAAACUCAAUUAAAAGAUUUUGGCGAUAGAAUCAAAAGAUUCUAUGUUGGCAAUAGAAAUAUAACUGAAAACGAUUUAAAUGCAAUACGUGACUUACAAACUGAUAUCAAUUUCGCGUAUAAUGCUCAUAGGUUUGCACAUUUGUACACAGAUUUUGAUUCUACCUAUUUUUACUCGUUCAACCUAGUCACUGAGUUGAACGUUAUAAAAAAUUCUCUAGGUCUGACUGAUUUAAAGGGUGCUAGUCACGGGGAUGAACUUUUCUACUUAUUUUAUAAUUAUUUAAAUAAAAAUGCUUACCAAAACAAUCGAAAAUUGAGAGAUGUUGUGUACAGAGUUACGAAGAUGUGGACAGAUUUUGCUAAGACAGGGCGUCCAACACCGGACAACAGUCUAGGAGCCGUUUGGGAACCUUACACGACAAAAGGAAAAGAAUAUUUUAAUAUAGAAGAACCUUUAUCAUUAGGACAUUAUGCAGAUGAAAGAAGAAUGGAAUUUUGGGAUCAACUUUACGCAGAAGCUGGCCUUCCUCAUAUAUCUAAAAAUUUAUAAAUGGAUAUGUACUUACUACCUAUUUGUAGAGAACUUGAAAUUGAUAUUUGUUACAUAAAUAAAAAAGUAAUACGUA